CCACUCCAACACACUCCACAUCACAGCACACACAAAAUAAUAGUCGAGUUCGAGACGUGAUAUUUUUUGUUUUUUGAAUCGAGAAAACAAAUUCACAAGAAUUCUUUUCCGACAAAUAAAAUAUAUACAAGAAAUUCAAAUCACAACGCUUAAAAUAUGCCACGCAACGUUGCGGCAGUGAUCUAGUGUUUCAGUAGCGAGAUUGUUUAAGAAUUACAAUAAGCGCAAAGCGAACGCGAAAAAACGCGUAUAAAUUAUUGGUGUUGAUUUGUGUGAAAAAUUGUCGAAGAAAUUAUUGUUGUGCUUUAAAAUGUAUUGAAUUGUGCGUGCAACCAAUUGGAGUUUGUGAUUUUCAGAAAAUAUAAAUACAGAAAUUAUUAUUAAAAUAACGCACAACGUCUUGUGUGCAAUUGCAGAAGGCGCGCGUGGCUGCCACACAUUCGUGUGGAAAAUAUAAAAUAACAAAUUCGAAAAGUAGAAAAGAAUCAAAAUAUAUACUCGUAUAUAUAUAUAUAUAUAUAUAUACUGUAAUGUAUCCGUGUACAACGUUGUUGUUAUUAUUGUUGUGCCGCAGUGCAAAUUCGCCAACAGCAGAAUGCCAACAACAGUGUUUUGUGUAAAAGACGCGCGGCGCGCGCUUCUCGUCUCUUCCAAUUCGCGUGUCCAUGUGUUGGUGCAGUGAUUGCAAUUUCCACGUAGCAGCAACGCAUUUAACAACAAUAAAAACAAAUUUAAAAAAUUCAUAAAAUUUCCAACGCUCAAAGUGGCGGCCGAUAUUGAAAAAACAAAACACACACGGAAAGUGUUACACAAGUGUACGAAAAGUGACCAAAAGUGAAAGAAAUCAACAGCAAAUACAAUAACAACAACAACAACAACAGCUGAUUGCAGUUGAAGCGCGAGAUCAAAUGAAAUUGUCAAAUUAACCGGAAACGAAAAGAAAUUAAAUCAGUGAAUUUAUGUGCCAAUACUCACUCACACUAAUACAUAGUAUAUACACACUAAUACAUAGUAUAUAGACGAGAAAAGCAAUUUAUUUAGUUUAAAAUAGAGAAAUAAAAAUAAAACCCACAUAUACAUACAAACAUAGCAAGCCAUGCAGUGAAAUGAAUUGAUGUGGUUGGUGCUUUGAAAAAAUUAUGAUUUCCUUAUGUUUUUUGUUUAUGAGUCAAUAUAAUCCAGAAACUGUCACAUAAACAGACAGCCGCGACCAGGUGAGCAACCAGACAAACCACCAAACACCACCAAACUGUACAGCAAUCUAUAAGUGAACUGAAAUGCUGAAAUAGCCAGCGCCACCUGAGUGCCAAAUAGACGCGAAGAAAUGUAAUUAUUGGUGGCUGUGCAACCAGCUGCUGACAAAAAGCAAUAAAAACAACAACAAUACAAAUAAUAGCAACAUCAGCAACAGCAAUUGCAGCCACAAAAUCUACAACAAGCAACAAAAUCGUUGUCAACCAUUUUAAUGUCUACAAAAACAACUUUAACAAGCUAACAACAAUCAAAGGCGUAUUAUGUCUACAACUCAACAACAACCAUUGCCGCCGCAAACCAUACAGACCAUCUGAAUGCCCCAACUGUUAUUUGAUGCUGACUUUUAUGUAGAAGUCCGAAGGGAGAGAAAUAAUUAUUGAAAAAUAUUGCAAAGUUUCAAAUGCGCAAUACAAAUACAACAAGUGCCAUACACAAACAAAGAAACGCAGCUAAAACGUAACAAUUCGUAAUGUAACGUAACGCAACGAAUUCCGUCCAAUCCUACUGAGAUUCUUAGUGCCUUUUUACAAACAAAACAAAACAACAAAAAAGUUUUAAACAAAAAUCGACAUAUGAUAUAUUUCUAAGAAAACCUUAUACUUAAUAACAUUAACUUAGUUAAGAACAGAGCUUCCAAGAGUUUAACGCAAACAUUAGCAGUAAGAUUAAUGAACUAAGAUUAUAAGAACUUACGUUUUAAACAUACUCUAUAGUAACGGACACGCCUAAGCUUUCAUAAAAAUCACAACAGGAAAGCGUAUGCAUAUUGAAGGCCAUAACAAAUAUCAAAUAAACAGAAAGCUUUCCAGCAACUAUUGAAAGCUCUUUGAAUGCACUUUUGAAAAGCGCUCGAAAGUUCUAAAUACCGACAAAGCUUUAAUAACGCACGAAAGCUGCUAACAACAUAUGAAACAUCUAAUAAAGUAAAAAGCACUAAUAACGCACGAAAGCUUUUCUGAAAAGUGCAACCCUAUAAGCUGCAUACAUACAACAUAAAUACACAGCUACAAUUUAAGCUUUAGUUUUUAUAUAUAAAUACUUACGGCGUGACUUGUGCGCCGAGCUGGAGCUUAAGCAUAAGCAGCAUAAGAUGUCCGCAUCGCCUGCCACUACUAGUGUCAUCACUUCAAACGAACUUGCCAUACAACAACAUCAACAUCAGCAGCAUCAGCACCACCACCAACAACAACUGCACAGCUCCCCCACACGUGUCUCACUACCACCCGGUGUUACUGUGACCAACGUUGUGACGACAACGUCUGCUGCAGCUGCCGCCAACGCCAACGGUUUAACACUAAUGCAUCGCUCCCCCGAUAGUCCACAGCCCGAGUUGGCCACCAUGACAAAUGUCAAUGUGCUCGAUCUACACACCGACUCGUCGAAACUCUACGACAAGGACGCAGUCUUCAUAUACGAAAGUCCCAAGGUGGUCUUGCCGACGGUGGGCUCCGGUGCCACCGUCACCAGUGAUGAGCAUGUGAUUGAUGCACGCAUGGUCGCCCAAUUGAAUGAACAACAAGCAGCUGUGGCAGCGGCUGCUGCUGCUGCGGCCGCAGCUACCGAUAAUCAGCCGUUGGCUAAGAUCGAAUUCGAUGAAAAUCAGAUAAUACGCGUUGUCGGUCCGAAUGGCGAGCAACAACAAAUCAUUUCACGUGAAAUCGUCAACGGCGAACAUCACAUACUGUCACGUAAUGAAGCCGGUGAACACAUACUCACACGCAUCGUCAGCGAUCCGACCAAGUUGAUGCCCAGCGAUAACGCUGUCGCCGCUGCGAUGUUCAAUCAAGCCCAGAAAAUGGCCAAUGAUCAUGGCGUGUAUCAGACAUCGCCCUUGGAUGCAUCAAUGCUGCAGCAUUACGAGCCGGAGAAUGUUGUCAAAGCAGAGGUGGACAUAUAUGAUGAUCCGAAGAAACCGCCGGGAAGCGGUGGUGGCCAACAAAUACUCUACACCACAACUGGUCCGGAUGCUGGGAAGCAACUGUCGCAUUUGCCUGUUGCAACAAAGCUGGAGUCGGAAAUGUAUCCAACCGACAAGCAUAUCGAUCUGAUCUACAAUGAUGGCAAUAAAACGGUUAUAUACACGACCACAACCGAUCAAAAGGGUUUGGAAAUCUAUUCGGGCAGUGAUUUGAGUGGCCUAGUUGCCGAUGGGCAGGUCGUGGUGCAAGGUGGUUUGCAGUAUGCCGGCGCAGGAACAGCCGGUGGACAACCGGUCUAUAUAGUAUCCGAUGGUAGCUUGCCGCCGGGCGUCGAGGGACAUUUGCAAAGCACACCAACGGCCGGCAACAACAAAUUGAAUGGUCAAACCACACCUCUGGACGUAUCCGGCCUAUCGCAAAAUGAAUUCCAAGGCCUGCUACUCGGUUCACACCCAUCGGCGGCCGGUGGCAAUGGCAACGCAUCCACAACACCAACAACCAUCUCACAGCAUUCGGCCAUUGUGGCAGCAGCCAAUGCCGCAGCAGCGGCAGCUGGUGGCGCCACCACAGCUGUGGUGGUCACCGCCGAGCAGCAACGUCAAGCGCAUCAACAACAACAGGCCCAGCAAACGAUCAGCAUCAAGCGCGAACCGGAAGAUCUACGCAAGGAGCCAAAGAGCGGCGUCAGCAGCACCAUCGUCGAUGCGACGAGCGGCAUCACCAAUGGCGGCGUGAUAAGCGGCACAGCACAUCAUCAGCAGCACGGCGGAACGAAGGUUUUAGUUGUGCAGUCACCGACAUCACCAACACAAACAACCAUACAAAUUAAAGAUCCGCCAAUUAGUCCUGGAAGUCCAACAACUGACACAAUGUACGGUGCCAGUGGCGGCACACAAAUCUACUUGCAGGGCGCUCAUCAGUCCAAUGCACCCGGUUCCGCUGGCGGCGCAAACAAUGUGAACGUCAACGCACAGACGCCCAGCCCAGGCCCCUACAUCACACCCGAUGGCUAUGGCAUGUACACUACGACACGCCUCACCUCGGGUGGACCCACAUCGACCUUCAUUACAGAGCCUUAUUACCGCGAAUUUUACACCACAGCCAACACGGCAGACACACAGACGGGCUAUGGACAGGCACCACGUAAUAUCGUUUAUGGCGGUGCUGAGAGUGAGCCACCACAUCCGGGCACUACGUAUGAGGGACGCUUUACCACGUCCGCCGCACCUGUGACCAGCAUGCCAUCACAUACCACAGCCAAUACACAGGGAGGCAUGAAGAACGGUACACCAGUGUAUGCCAAGACCAUCACAGCUGCUGGCCUCACGGUGGAUUUGCCCAGUCCGGAUUCGGGUAUUGGCGCUGAUGCGAUAACACCAAGGGAUCAAAAUAAUAUACAUCAGUCUUUCGACUACACAGAGCUUUCGGGCACACUAUUGGACAGCAAUGGCGGCAUUCCCGUCUCGGUGAAUAGCAUACAACGUGGCGCCGUCAGUGUUCAUGGACAAAAUAGCCCGACCACAUCGUUGGGCGGUUCCACGCCGAAUGGCGCUACACGUUCGAGGCCAUGGCAUGAUUUUGGACGACAAAAUGAUGCGGAUAAAAUACAAAUACCAAAAAUCUUCUGCAAUGUCGGCUUCCGCUACCAUCUGGAGAGUCCAAUCAGUUCAUCACAGCGACGCGAAGACGAUCGCAUCACAUACAUCAACAAAGGACAAUUCUACGGCAUCACAUUGGAGUAUGUGCCCGAUCCAGAUAAGCCCAUCAAGAACACAACUGUCAAGAGCGUUAUUAUGCUGAUAUUCCGCGAAGAGAAGAGUCCCGAUGAUGAAAUCAAAGCUUGGCAAUUCUGGCAUAGUCGGCAACACUCGGUUAAACAACGCAUUUUAGAUGCAGAUACGAAAAAUUCCGUCGGUCUAGUUGGUUGCAUCGAGGAGGUCUCCCACAAUGCCAUCGCCGUCUAUUGGAAUCCACUGGAGAGCUCAGCCAAGAUCAAUAUCGCCGUCCAGUGUCUGAGUACGGACUUCAGCAGCCAAAAGGGAGUUAAGGGUCUACCUUUACACAUUCAAAUCGACACAUUCGAGGAUCCGCGCGAUGCACAGGUCUUCCAUCGAGGCUACUGCCAAAUUAAGGUCUUCUGCGAUAAGGGUGCUGAGCGCAAAACACGUGAUGAGGAGCGACGCGCUGCUAAGCGUAAAAUGACCGCCACAGGCCGUAAGAAGCUCGAUGAGCUGUAUCAUCCGGUCACCGAUCGUUCGGAAUUCUAUACAAUGCAGGAUUUGCAAAAGCCACCGGUACUAUUCUCACCCGCCGAUGAUAUGGAAAAGAGCUUCUAUGGCCAUGAGACUGAUUCACUGACCGGCGCACCAGAUCUCAAAGGCACAUCACCAUUCUUGCUGCAUGGCCAAAAAGUGGCGGCGCCAACACUCAAAUUCCACAAUCAUUUUCCGCCCGACGUGCAGACCGACAAGAAGGACCACCUGCUGGAUCAAGGUCUAGUACCCAGUGCCAUGGGCGAUUUUGUGCCACCAAUGAAACGCGGACGCAUGACACCGCCCACCAGCGAACGCGUUAUGCUCUUCGUGCGACAGGAGAACGAGGAAAUCUACACGCCGCUGCAUGUGGUGCCGCCCACCACAAUUGGCCUCUUGAAUGCGAUUGAAAGUAAAUACAAAAUCUCAACAGCGAGUAUAAAUAAUAUUUAUCGUACAAAUAAGAAAGGGAUUACUGCGAAAAUUGAUGAUGAUAUGAUUUCGUAUUAUUGCAAUGAAGAUAUCUUUCUGCUGGAAGUGCAACAGAUCGAAGAUGAUUUAUAUGACAUAACAUUAACGGAGUUACCCAAUCAUUGAGUGAAUGAAGAAGUUUAUAGAAUAUAGAUAUAAAGGAUUAUUUGUAGCUACAACAAUUGUGUAUGCGAUGCAAUAGCAAGAGCAAGAGCAGAGAACAAAAAGCAUAUAAGAAAAUGUGGCAGCUAAACAAAAACAAAAACUACGAAUUAGUUAAACUCAGCACACAUUGUUAUUGUAUUUGUUUAAGUAAGCUGAUGUGUUAAGUGUUUUUAUAAAGAUGAUGACAACAACAAAAACAAAAAAAGAGCAGCAACAACAAUGACAGCAAUGCACAAAGCAAUGGACACAAUAUAUAUAUAUAUAUAUAUUAUGGUAGUUAAGCAAUUAAAAACAAGAAACAAAAACAACAAAAAAAAGCAACAACACAAAUCAUACAAGAGCAUAUAUACAACUUGAAUAUGUUUGUUUUUUUUUUCAUGCUAAUAUUAUCAACUAAGUAUAAUGAACAAAUCAACAGAACGUAAAGUAAACAUGUAAGAGUUAAUACAAUUACAAAAACAAAUGAAGUAGUUGAGCGCAAAAAUAUGAAAAAAAUUACAAAUAAAAACUAAUAAAUAAUGUUAAAUGUUAGCUUCCAAGCGAAGCCAAGCAACAAUGCGAAAUUUUGCAAAUUGGCUAAAUUUUAGUAGAAAUUUAGUGGAUUAAAGUGGUAAAUGCUGCGGCAAAUGGCAAAAAAAUUGCAAAAACAAUUUUACUGUUAUUUACUUUAAACAUGAAAUGGUGUGCGUGGAAAUUUAAUUGUGUUUAUAUAUUUUGAUCAAGUAAAUAAGUUUAACUUAAGUACACACACACGCUUUAUUGAGAUUCGAAAAUGUGCUUUUCACACAAAAAAAAAAAAAUAAAUAAAUUAUUAAAGUUUAAGUAAAUGAAAAUUUCGAAAUUUUUUCAAAAUCUUUUUCCAACAGCAAAUGCUAAAAAUCAUUAUUUGUAUAGUCAUUGUUGCGCAACCACUUCGCUUCCAAGUUAAAAUGUUUUGUAAUGUGUUAAGUAAGCAAUAAAUAAGAAAUAGUUCAACUAAGUAAAUACAAUAUGUAGGCAUACAAGCAGCGAAAGCAAAAACAGAAAACUGUACUGUAAGUAUGUAUGUAAUUCACUUGACAAAGUGUAAUUUUCAAAUUGCGCCAUAAAGCUUUCACCAUAUGAAAGCUUGCCGCAAAAGCUUUACAUACUUACUUUGUGCGUGGGUCUGCAUAUGCAAUACAAAAUAACAUUCCAGUGCUUUUUAAUCGCCUUAGUUAAAUGCGAAUGAUAUAUUAAGUAUGAAAUAAUAACAAAAAAUGCGUAAUUAUAAAAUUCUCUAAAACUUUCUUUAGACGUAAUUAAUAUGUGAACUUUUUCGAUUGCGUUCCGUUAAAGAAAUUACACUUUUUGUAUAUUUUUGCUUUCUAUACUCAACUCAACGUAGUACUUAAAUGAUUUUUUUUUUCUAAUUUUGUAUACUUAAAUAAGUUUUAGCUUUACGUAAGUAAGUUACUUUAAACUUUACUCAAUCAAUGUUUUUUAUUAUAUAACUAUUAUUAUUAUUAUUAUUUUUAUUACUAUUAUCAAUUGCUAUAUAAUUUUUGAUAAAUAAAUUUCGAACAAAAUUCGAUCUGUUGAACAAAAAAAUCUUAAAGAAUUUUCUUACAAAACUUUUCAUUAAAGCGUUAUACUUCUCAAGUAAACCUAAAAAAACGUUUCUCUUUUGAGAAAUAUUUAUUGUACUUUAAAAACUUGUAUUAAAUAUUUUGAAAAUCAUUUCAUUGCCAGAAUGCUUCAUUACGUUUUUUACCGUUAGGAAGUUUUACAGUUUGGGUGAAAGCUUCGGUGAAAGUUUGACUAAAUAAAGCUACUAAUCUCAACAUUUUAGUGUAAUUAUGCCAACAUUCUGCAAGAAAAAUUCAAACACAAUUAAUGGAAAAUGAAAAAUUUAAUAACAUUGAAUAAUUUUAAUCUUAAAUUAGACAUCUGUGAUUCUACAAUUUCACAAAAGCUUUCGAAUAUAUGUUUUGACAUUUUCACCACACUGCAAUAAAGAAAAAAAUAAGCUUUAAUUAGCGAAAGUAUAGAAUACUUUGCAAUUUCAAAAAAAAUAAUUAUUAUUAUUCUGAGAAAGCCCAAAAGCUUUAUUUAAAUAAGCUGAAAAAACAUUCCAUUAAAAAUAAAAAACAAAAGCUUUACCCAACCACAAUCAUAUAUACGUAAAAUGUGUAAGCUUUUGCGUCAAGCUUUCACUUAGCCAGCGAAGCUUUGCAAAUCAAAAUCAACUUUCAACAAAACAAAUAAAUAUAAUGAACUCAAUUGCAAUAUAUAAUAUUUAAAAGCUUAAGAAAUCAGAACAUUCGUAUAUUAAACGAGAACUAAAUGAGAAGCUAAACGAUCAAUGUUUAAUGAAAACAAAAAUAAUUUAAGUGAAAUGUGCAUUUUUUGUUAAAAACAUGAAAAAAUUGAACAUAAAAAAACACAAUAGAUAAUGUAAAUACAGAUAAACAUCUAAGCGAAGCACAAAAAGCUCAAUUUUUAAAUGAAAUAUCAAUGGAAUUAAUGAAGUUUUGAAAGCAUGUGAUGCUCAAAAGACAAAAUUCUUGAACACAAAAUUUUAUAAAUCGAAAGAUACCACCAAUUGAAUGAUAGCAAAAGUUUAAAAAUAUUAAAACAACUUUAAAAAUUAUUAGAAGCUUUAAAACAUACAACUUUUUUAUAUAUUUUUUUUAACUUUCCAAUGAAAGCAAUUUAGUAACAAAAAUUUAGAAAAUCAAGCUUUAUAAAAUUGUAAAUAAAUUAUUAUACUUUUCUAUUUUAUAUUUUUUCUUUUCACUAAAUAAAUACGUAAAAAUAUAUAAAAAAAAGUUUUAAGCUUUUUAAAAACUUUUUUAAUUUUUCAAAUUUUCAAAAUUUUCAAAAAUUUUCUUGAAAUUCCUAAAGUAAGCAAAUAUAAAAAUAUUGAAAAAUAUCCGUAGCUCGAAAAUUUGUAUAUUAAUUUGCAUUGAACAUAAAAUAAUUACUUCAUAUUAAUACAACAACAAUUAAUUAAUAACAACAACCACAAUGAAACCAAUCAAUCGAGUUAUUCUUGCCGUACAAUAAAUAGCACAAAUACAAGUAACUGAUUUGUGUCAAGACACAAUUUCAAGUAUAAAAUAUUGCCACAUACUUAAUUUACAAUAAUUAAAUAAAUAAAAUAAAUAAAUUAAUUAAUAUUAAAAGCAUACGAACAAAACAAUCCACCACUAAUGGUGAAACGAAAUUGCUUCGUGUGUAUUUUAAAUUGUAUUUGUAAUAUGCUAUAAGAGUAAAUAAUUUAUUACAACAAACAACAAAAAUUAAAAAAAUAAUGUAUUCAUAAUAUUUACCGUAAACUUCUCUAAACACUGCAACAACAACUUUUUAUAAUUGAAAUUAAGGCGUGUACUCUGCGCUGCAAAUAUUUCAGCUGUUUCUACCCUCCAUUGGCAAAUUGGUACGCGCCACUUGUAAUAAUGUAAUUUUUAAUUAGUUUUAGUAAAAAUAAAGCCAACAACAAAAACAACUCAAAUGAUAAAGCAAAAAGAGCAAAGAAAUUUAUUUG